AUUCGCUUCUCCGCUUUUUCAAAUUGCUUCAGAGUUUAACCUCAGUGGUUUCGUGCCGAUCGCUAUUAUUUUUGGGUAGCCGUGUCGAAAACGGCGAGAAAGCCCUGCAUUGCAGACUCGCAAACGCAAAACUUCCCUUCGCUGCUCUUCCGUUUGCGAGGAUCUGCGUUGAUCGACAUGUCCCCCACGCAGAAGAAAUGCGUCGUGGCUCUGCGUGUGUGGCUGCUGUUAGCUUGGGCAGUGGUGAUCUCCUUGUCCAGCGUGCAAGCCAUGCAGACCAACGUGUCGAGCAUUUGUUCGCCGUCCGACCCCGUGCCGCUCGUCGUGAAAGGAGUCAUCACUUAUGUUUGUGUCAACGUGAAUAAUAAAUACCGUACGCUCUUCACACCAGUCGCUGACAAGUUCACCGUACUACGCAUCAGCGACUGUGGGUAUUUCACGCAUUUGGGGUCAUUCGAGGAAAAUGAUCGCUAACUCCUUUCUGGCUGGUAUGUUUUCCUUUUGCAUUUUGUUUCAGCCUGGAAUGAUACUCGUAUAGGUGCCAACCCCUCGAGUGCAUUCCUCACCGUGUCAAGUCUCAAGUAUCGCACGAACUACAAGCUCUACUCAUCCGCCGCGACUGGUCACAUCUCUCCGUACAUGACCGCUAUCAUAUCCGUAAAGAAGGGUGCCGUACAAGGCG